AUAUAAUAGCGGUGCAAAUUUAAGGGUAAAGGGGGGGGGGGUUGAUGAGUGAUGAAAAUAUAAGUAGCAGACUCGCUGUGUUGAACUCUCACUUGUCUCCAAUGGCUUCAGAGAAAGAGGCGGCUCUGGCAGCCGUUCCCUCUGAUUCUCCUACCAUAUUUGACAAAAUCAUUAAUAAGGAAAUUCCAUCUACGAUCGUUUAUGAGGAUGAUAAGGUCCUUGCUUUUAGGGACAUAGCUCCCCAAGCUCCCACGCAUAUAUUAAUCAUUCCAAAAUUUAAGGAUGGAUUGACAGGACUAUCUAAGGCUGAGGAGAGGCACAAUGAGAUUCUUGGCCGCCUUCUUUACACUGCUAAGCUCGUUGCCAAGCAGGAAGGCCUGGAUGAUGGCUUCAGGGUUGUGAUUAAUGAUGGGCCAGAUGGAUGUCAAUCGGUUUAUCACAUUCACGUCCACCUCCUUGGGGGGCGACAAAUGAACUGGCCCCCUGGCUAAUAUUUAGGCUUGUCUGCCUUCGUUGGUGCCUCUAAAUUAGCAAGGAGUUAACAAAUAAGGAUGCUGGUUUGUAGUUAACAAUUUAACUUUUGCCGUGUGUUCUGUGCCUACUUGAAAUGGUGCUAUAGAUUUGUUGAGCACUGUAGCAUUCAACAAGGCAAAAGAAUAUACUAAAAAUAUUCGAAACUCUCUCUCUUAAUUUAUUUUUUAUUCUCUUUCCUCU